UAUGUACGUAUCUGGUGGAUAUAGGACAUAGCCUCUGAUGAUUAUUAGUCACGUGUUAUUUGCUAAUUAAAAGAUAAUCUAUUGUCCGUGUAGCAAUGAUACGAGAGAGAUUGAAAAAAUUAUAUUAGAUGUAUAGUGUAUAGAUAAAUUAAGCAAAGUAUAAGAUGGACAAGAACUCACAGAGAUAAGCAUACUUUUUAUAUUAAAUCCAUAUAUAAAUAGCUCUCAAGAGUGAGUGUGCUUAAUAGUUAUAGAUUGCAAUCAUGGAUAAGCGUGAUGCGCUAUUGCAAAUAAAUUUAGAAAGACCUCUUUACGAACAUGAAGCAUUGAAUCAAAAUUACAAUUAUGAGAAACCAAAAUCACUUUCAAUAAUGCAAAAUGUAAUUAAUACCAUCAGAUCUAAAGAUUGGCGAGCUUGUAUAGUGUCAACAGUACCAACAGUGAAAUGGCUUAGCAAGUAUAAUUGGAGAAAAAACAUAUUGCCUGAUAUUAUCUCCGGUCUAACCGUAGCUGUCAUGCAUAUUCCGCAAGGUAUGGCCUAUGCGCUUUUGGGAAACCUACCACCAGUGGUGGGCAUAUAUAUGGCUUUCUUUCCUGUCUUGGUAUAUUUUCUUUUUGGUACAUCCAAGCAUGUAUCUAUAGGAACUUUUGCCGUGGUUUGUCUAAUGACUGGUAAGGUAGUAACAUCUUACUCAAAUCCGCUCAUGGGUCAUACAUCAUCUGCGAAUCUUUCGGACGCUUUUACUCAAAAUGCCGAGGAUGUCAUAUAUUAUACAUAUACACCCAUGGAGGUAGCAACAGCUGUGUCAUUAGUGGUCGGAAUAUAUCAGAUAAUAAUGUAUAUAUUCCGAUUAGGCAUUAUAACAACAUUGCUGAGUGAAUCUUUAAUAAAUAGCUUUACAACAGCAGCUGCUGUUCAUGUUUUAAUUUCUCAAAUCAAGGAUCUUUUUGGUUUAAAACUGCCAAAGCAAAAAGGAUAUUUUAAGCUAAUUUUGAUAAUUGUAGAUAUAUUUAGAGAAAUAGAAAAUACCAACAUGGCUGCAGCAGUAGUAUCAAUUGUAUCAAUUAUUAUCCUCAUUUUCAAUAAUGAGUUUCUGAAACCAAGAAUAAGCAAAAUAUCCAGCAUACCAAUACCCAUUGAGCUCAUUGUAGUUGUCAGUGGAACAUUGAUUUCUCGAUAUUGUGAUUUACCAAAGAUUUAUAAUAUUGAAAUUGUCGGACAUAUUCCUACAGGGCUUCCCAAACCAGAGGUGCCAAAUCUUGAAGUAUUGCCCUUGGUAGCGAUUGAUAGCAUUGCAAUAACUAUGGUUUCAUACACUAUUACAAUAUCGAUGGCAUUGAUAUUUGCACAGAAACUCAGUUAUGAAAUAGAUUCUAAUCAGGAACUUCUUGCAAUGGGCUUUAGUAAUAUAACGGGCUCUUUCUUCUCGUGUAUGCCGAUAUCGGCCUCUUUAAGCAGAUCUCUCAUUCAACAAACCGUCGGAGGACGAACACAGGUAGCGAGCAUCGUGUCUUGUUUAUUACUAUUUAUUAUACUCUUGUGGAUCGGACCAUUUUUCGAACUGCUACCAAGAUGCGUGUUAGCUUCCAUAAUAGUCGUAGCGUUAAAAGGAAUGUUUCAACAAGCUAAUCAGUUAGUUAAAUUUUGGAAACUGAGCAAGACUGAUGCCACAAUUUGGAUUGUAACGUUUCUAAUUGUAACACUAAUAAAUAUUGACAUUGGAUUGCUCGCGGGAUUAUUUGUGUCACUGGCCAUUAUUUUGCUGCAAGCUUUUCGGCCCUACACGUGUUUGCUGGGUCAUAUACCACAUACGGAUUUAUAUUUGGACUUGGACAGAUAUAAAGCAGCGGUAGAGAUACCCGGAAUAAAAAUAUUUCAUUAUUGCGGCACUUUGAACUUUGUCAAUAACAAUUAUUUUAGAUCCACCAUAUAUAGACUUGUAGGAGUAUAUCCACAAAAUAUAAUCAAGCAUAGAAAAAAAUUAGCUGAAGAGAAUCAUUUUCUGGAUGAUAAAGAUUCCGAAGAUAGACAUGAAUUGCAAUGCAUAAUCAUGGACAUGAGUGCGUUAAGUUAUAUUGAUCCUAGUAGUAUUCAAAUGUUGCACUUGAUUGUCGAAGAAUUUACACAAGUGAACAUCAAGUUUUAUUUUGUCAAUUGUCCAAGUCCCAUCUUUGAAAUGAUAAAGAAAUGUGAUUUAUACAUAUAUGGUAAAAUAUCGCUGAAAAUCUUUGCAACUAUACAAGAUGCCGUCGCUUACUUUCGAAACGAGAUUUCUUCAUGAUAAUAGUUGGAAAAUAGUUUUCUCAAUCUAUAUAUAUAUAUAUAUAUA